AGCCAGUCAAUCCAGUUCUUGUGGGCGAGUCAUAACGAGUAGAGCAAGCAUACUGAGUGACAUUUUAAGGAAGAUUACUCUCUUCCUUCAAGCCGAACGAGACUGAAUAGCAAGCUGCUACAAUACUAGCCUAUAAAUGGCCCGCUCGCGUGAGGAGCAGUAUGCUUCAUCCACAGCAAGACGGACCCAUGUGUAUAUUGUAUUUGCGCAGCUCCCAAGGCCAGCAGUACCAUGACGCCACACUGCCAUCGCAGCAUGAAAACCACGUUAGGAAGGCAACAAGAGUGACGUGGCCAUCAGCAUCUUUAUGAAGAAAAGAUAAAGCCACAAAGAAGGUUUCACACUGAGGCAUCACAGCACGGAAGGAAGCGCAGAAGUGGUAACGGAGUGGAGUGAAGUAGACGCGGGAUGAGGUGGUGGAGGCCAGUUCCGGUGUCUGUGCUGGUGGUGGUGCUCCUCGUCCUGAUCUUUAUCUCGUGGGGUCUUUUCCUUUUCUUUUAUGAAAACUGGACCGCUUCCUUCUUCUCCCUGACCCGCAUCCUCUCCGCAGCAGACACUGAUGUUCAUCCCUCAGACACUCACCCUCACGCCUUCAACAUUCAUCCCCACAUCACAAACAUUCUUUCCCACACCAUAAAUAUCACCGCUACAGACAUUGCCCCCAGAAAUAAUCAAGCCAACACUGCAGAUAUUCCCACUAAUAGCACCAACACUCAGGCGUAUGGCAGCCCCAACACCACUACCACCACCACCACCACCACCACCACUUUCCCUUCCUCGCGUGUCCCUCAAGGAGCCCCGAGCGAUGCAGCCUCUGACGAGGAGUGCGCGGAGCAGUACCAGGGGGAGGGGCCAAUGCGGCGCGUGGUGCUGUGGACGCCCUUCUGGCACUCCUGGGACGGCUGGAAGGGGAUGAUCCGCGACCACGGGGCUCUAAGGGAGGGUCGCUGCGCCACCUGGAGGUGUGAGUUCCUGUGGGGCCCGAAUGUGACCACGGCCCAGGUGCAGGAAGCCGAUGCCGUGAUGUUCUUCAGCCUGGACGUGCUGAUGCGUCCCUUGCCUCCCCGCCUCCCUCACGCCCUCUGGAUUUGGCUGGAGCUGGAGGCGCCAAUCAUCAGCCAGAUGGCAACACCCCUGUGGAACCAGCUGGAGAGCGUAGGUGUGUUCUUCAACCUCACAAUGUCGUACCACCACCUCAACCCCAUCACGGCCCUGGCCGGAGAGCUCGUGCCCCUGUCCACUCCUCAGCAUUGUCCAAUCUCUUCAACCUUCUACCUCGACACAUCUUCCCCAACCUACACUUCCUACAGCCACCAUAUGCACAAGUUCAGUCACUGGCUGCGUGAGAACGGAGUGGCAGUUGAUGGGAGGCUGCGAAACGAGCGAGACAGACGACAUGGCGGUUUGAUUCAUCAGCCUGACGAUAACACCACGCUGACGGAGCCGCUGCCGGAGGACUACAAUGAGGAAGGUCAAGGUAAUGAAACCUCUUUGAUGGAAGACAAUGACUUUACGCUAACUGCUGAAGAGAUUGCAUUAGCAACGCGACCGAGAGUGGCGGCGUGGAUGGCAAGCCACUGCCACACGGACUCUCGGCGGGAGGACCUGGUGACGGCGCUGCAGGGCUUCAUAGCAAUCACCACGGUGGGCAAAUGCGGUGAGUUGAAGUGCGGUGAGAACCACAUGGACGACUAUUGUUUCAGGUGGCUGUCAGCCUCACACCUUUUUUACUUGUCUUUCGAGAACGCCUUGUGCGAUGACUACCACACUGAGAAGCUGUGGAUCCCACUGAAAUACGGCAUGGUGCCUGUAGUGUACGGCGGGCCCAGUUACCGCCACACUCUGCCCUUCAAUUCCUAUAUUGACGUACUCAAGUUCCCCAGCGCCGCUGCCCUCGCCAACCACCUCCUGUAUCUAGCCACUCACCCUGCUGCAUACUUGCGACACCUGCAGUGGCGGCGGUACUGGCGGGUGCGCAGGGUGUUGCCUUGGUGUGACCUAUGUGCUACCCUCCACCGCCAAACUGACCCCGUGCGCACCACUCUGACUCAGUGGUGGACCAACACCGCCACCUGCUAUGAGCCUCCCCCUUGGAAACAAUACUGACUCUCCUGCCUACAAAGAUGUCCUUAUAAAAAAUGGAAGGAGGAAACGUGUCGUAGACGGAGAUGUUGCAUAGAUUUGGUAUUUAUGGGCUGCUGGAAACUCACAAACAUUUUCAUAUUUUAAUUAAUUAUUACUAAUUAUUUAUAUUUUUUACAGUCAAAAUUUCUCACUUGCAUUAGUCUUCAGUUCGUUCAAAGUUAAUUGGUGUCACUUUAUAUUUCUUCAACAUAUUCGAUAUUUAAUGCAAUCAUCGUGCAAGAACACAGACAAUAUCAAAUUCAUAAACACAACUAAUAUUCAAUCGGCGCAAUUAAUGUUUAGUUAGAAAAACACACAUCAUAUCAGCAUCACUUCAGUUUCCAAAAAUACACCGUAAUUAGGUAAAUCUUCGUACACCAUACAAACCUAUCAUACCAAACAUAAAACAACAUGUAAAGUCUUGCUCUUCCUUUAAUAAGAUACUGGAUUCCUAGACUGCAUUACGCUUUCAAGUUCCAGUACUUUAAGUUAUUCCGUCCAUCUCGACCCCUCUCUGGUCAGGCCCUCUGGAACCUCUGCCUCUCUGUCUGCUACUCUGUAAUACUCUCUGUCAAUCUAUUCAUACACAGUUGUCUGGAACUGCCUAUUUCCCUUAUAAAAUUAUCUUUAUUUUUACAACAUUUUACAUAUCUACCAUUCACGUUUCUCAUUUACGCAAAUGAUCCACCCACAGGCGUGAUACUUGAUCGAGAACGUCAGUCAGACUGUAGAGGCAAUUUGGGACUGUUUGGUAUGUUUCUAUAGGUUGACCUUCUUUCCUUCUGAUGGUGACUCACGCCUCCUGGCCGCCCUACUUUCUCUUUCAAUCUGUUUCUCUGCCUUGUCCUCUACACAAUUUCCGUUAAUCUAUGUUUGUUGUUUUCUCGGUUCCCUUGUUCUCGGUAUCAAAUGUAAAUCACCUUACCGUUGGAGUGACCGCUUUAUACUUGCUCAUUCUGUCUUCUCUUCUUCUUUCUUAUUUUGUCUUCUUUUCUUUAUUCUCCUUUUUCUUCUUUCUUCUUUCGUAAUAAUACAGUAUAUACUGCGGUGUGGGGUCACCACAAACGUGACAGCCGAUGCAGACCACGCCCUGCUCAAAGGUGGAGCAGCGACCGGCGGUGUUGAAGGAUUAGGUCUUGUUGAUACUAAUAAUCCGUUUUUUUUUUUUUUCCAAAUAAGUUCAUCUGUAUUCCAGAAUGUAAGGUGAAUAUUAAAAAGUAUGUAAUAGAGAGCAGGGUAGCACAAGGAAAUAUGAAGAAUUGAGUAUGCCAUAAGAGGAGGCCUGCGUAGGAGCAGAAAAAGGAACGGUAGUUGGAUACAUAGUGGGUUUACACAGUUUCGACAAUGAAACCAUGGUUCACGAAAAAGAAAAAAAAAGUAAUCUUGUCUUUUUUUUGCGUACAACAUAGUAAGUCACAUCAUUGUUUCCCGAAGCUAGUGCAUGUCACUGCUCCCUGUGACAGAAACGAAUCUGUGAUGAGUUGCAUAGUCGCCCUUCUUCAAUGGUAAUACUAGUUCGGUGUACGUCUUUACUACCUUCACUACCUUGAGAGCUCCUGUGUGAUCCUUUCGAGCUGAGGUGCUGGAAAGUGCCUUCCUGGACAAAUUGGGAGGUUGGAUAACUGUUUACAUUUACAAAUUGAUACGAGGUGGAGAAUUGUAGGGGAGUUUAAAUAGGGUGUGUGGAUAAAGAGUUUUCUGUGAUUUGGAGAGCAGUGUGCGUUAUAGAAUGGAGUGGAAUGGAUCUGCCAGGGUUUGCAGGACCAAUCUUCUCCAGUGUUGUCUGUGAUAUUACUGUGGUCAAAUAUGCAUGAAUGAUUAUGAUAUUAUAAUGUUACAUUUCAUGGUGUUAGCUCAAAGUAGAUGUGUUAACGGUAUUUUGCUCUUGCGUGGUUAGUGUAAAGAGUAUUUAUGUCACAUUUGAGUUAGGUAAUGCAUUAUCUCUUCAGAGGAAACUGUUAUAAUAUUUAUCACUGUUAUACGUAUUUUUAUAUUUUUAAUGUGCAAAGUGUGGAAUUUCUACAUGCCUUGUGAAUUGCUUUUUUUUUCUAAUAUAUGAAUAUGUAUAAAUUAUCCUUUCUUGA